AGCGGCUGCACAGUGAUGUAGUGGUUAGCACUUUCGCCUUGCAGCUAGAAGGUCCCUGGUUCACGUCCCGGCUUUCCCGGGAUCUUUCUGCAUGGAGUUUGCAUGUUCUCCCUGUGCAUGCGUGGGUUUUCUCCGGGUACUCCGGCUUCCUCCCACAGUCCAAAAAUAUGCUGAGGUUAAUUGAUCAUUCUAAAUUGCCCGUAGGUGUGAAUGUGAGAGUGAUUGUUUGUCUCUGUAUGUAGCCCUGUGACAGACUGGUGACCUGUCUAGGGUGUCCCCUGCCUUCACCUGAGUCAGCUGGGAUAGACUCCACCCCCCCCAUGACCCUAGUGAGGAUUAAGCAGUGUAUAGAUAAUGGAUGGAUGGAUGGAUAAAAACGUAGCGAUUUAUGGAAGAAAAAUGUUCAAAGUUCAGUUUGUAAAUUGAGAGAAACCCGCUGCUGGUUCCGGUUCACAUUCACUGCGGAGGAAAAACACGAAUUAAAAACAAAAUGAAAAAAUACUGAAACCAGAAAAAAAAAACCCAGCAGCUCAGCGGAGCGAUUUGUUCUGAAAUUAGUGACACACGCACACACACACACACGCACACACGCACACACACACACACACACACACACACACACCCCCUCCGUGCCUUGAGACCCUCAGACCUCCAGAGCGGCUCUUCUGCUCCCCGGCUGGAGGCUCCUCUGCUCGGCUCCUCUCCCGGUGCAUUAACGGGACUCUUGCCGUGUUUCGGUGUAAAUAAAUGAACCGGAGCCCCCCCCCCCGCCCCUCCCUCCGGUCAUGUGACGGUGAACCAGUUUAAUGAGGCUCCGGUGUCUCCGCCGUCCAGACCCGGUCAUGGAGGCGGCGGCCGCGUAGCGCAGCGGGCAGGAGGACGACGGACACCGCGCUGCAGCUGCCGGAGACCCGCUGAGACCCGCAGCUGCUGCCGGAACUUUCCCGAGCGCGGAGCUAGAAGUGUGCGGGACGAUGCGGGACAGACAGAGUUGGAGUCUGUGCGUAAAGACGCAGUAGAGUUGGAGUUUGGAUAAAGUUUCUCCACAGAGACGGGACCGACUCAGACCGAACUGAACCUGGUCCGCUCCGGUCCGGUUCUCCAGAACAAUGCCUCGUCCCGGCAGGAACACGUACAGCGACCAGAAGCCUCCGUACUCGUACAUCUCCCUGACGGCCAUGGCCAUCCAGAGCUGCCCGGAGAAGAUGCUGCCGCUCAGCGAGAUCUACAAGUUCAUCAUGGACCGGUUCCCGUACUACCGGGAGAACACGCAGCGCUGGCAGAACUCUCUGCGCCACAACCUGUCCUUCAACGACUGCUUCAUCAAGAUCCCCCGCAGACCGGACCAGCCCGGGAAGGGCAGCUUCUGGGCGCUGCACCCGAACUGCGGCGACAUGUUCGAGAACGGAAGUUUUCUGCGGCGCAGGAAGCGCUUCAAGGUGGGCAGCCUGCAGCCGCCCGACCCGCUGGGCCCCAGCAAGCCGCAGGACGCCGCGCACUUCCUGCAGCAGCAGCAGGCCAAGCUGCGGCUCAGCGCGCUGCACGCCGCCGCGCACCUGCCGCCGCUGCCGGCCGGAUACAACCUGAGCUCCGCGCCGCCGCCGUCCGGCUUCAAGCAUCCGUUCGCCAUCGAGAACAUCAUCGCCCGGGAGUACAAGGUCCCCGGCGGCCUGGCGGCCUUCAGCCCCGCCGGGUACCCGCUGCACAGCCAGCUGCCGCCCGCCUGGCCGCACAUGUACGGCUCCGGGAUGAUGGACCCGGCGGCGCCCAUCGGCGACUACUCGGCCUACGGGAUGCCGUUAAAGUCCAUGUGCCACGGACAGACGCUGCCCGCCAUCCCGGUGCCCAUCAAACCGACGCCCGGCUCGGUGCCCGGGCUGCCGGGGCUCCCCGCCCACAUCCCGGCCUUCCUGGCGAACUCUCCCCAGUCCCUGAGCCCCACGUCCCCGCAGACCGGACAGAGCAGCCCGGCGGCGCCCGGAGAGACGCUGCAGUCCGCGGUGACGGUUCACUGACCGGAGCCGGUUCAUCCGUUAAUUUACCGAAAAUACAAAACAUCUGGCUGUGACCUCUGACCUCCAGCAGAAUAAAACCACUUCUAUUCACUUUUACUCCAGUUUAUUUCAGUUUAAUUCCAGUUUUACUCCAAAUGUUUUCAGUUUAUUUCAGAUUUUAUUCAUUUUUAUUUCAGAUUUCUUCCCGUUUUAUUCAGCUUUAUUUCAUUUCAUUCCAGUUUUCUUCUGUUUUUAUUCCAGAUUUAUUUUAUUUUAUUUUUAAAAAUUUUUAUCAGGAUUUUUUCCAGUUUUAUUAAUUUUAUUUGAUUUUCUUCCAGUUUUCUUAUAUUUAAAUUAGUUUUUCUUCCAGUUUUCUUUGGUUUUCUCCUCGUUUUUCUUCCACUUUGUCCUCUUUCCUCCCUCUUUUCUUCACGGCUCGCUGGAUCUUGUUCUGAGUCUUUCUGGAGCUUUUGUUUGCUUCUUUUCUUUGGACUGAAUGAAGUCAGAUUAAUGACUCUAACUCUUUAACUCUUCAGUCUUUCUGCUGCUUCUUUUCUUUUCCUGAGGAGGAUGAAGAUGAUGAAGGUGUUUUAAAGCAGCUGAACCUUUUCUAUCAGAGGAACUUUAGCUGUAAUUAUGGGAUGUUGGAUCUGAAGCACUUUGUUUUGUGUUGAGCUGCUGUGUUUGUGCUGCUGCUGCUGCAUGCUGAACUCUGAUAUUCGCUGUUGGCAUUUUCUCUUUAUUUUGGGGGUUUGAAGCUUAAAGCAUGAAUCUGUGUUCUUCAUCGGAUCAUUAAAGGAUUCCUGCAGUU